AUGGCUGCUCUACUUUCUCUUUCCGCAUUGGCACUGCUCGGAGCAGGUGCCUCUGCUCAGACUUUCACAGGCACUGCCCAAGGCGGUUUCCCUGACUGUGUCAAUGGCCCUCUUUCAAACAACACUGUCUGUGACAAAUCCGCAGACCCUGUUGCAAGAGCUAGAGCUCUGGUCGCUGCCUUCACCGUCGCCGAGAAGCUGAACCUUACUGGAAACAACAGUCCAGGUGUUCCUAGACUCGGCCUGCCUGUUUACCAAUGGUGGCAGGAAGCCCUCCACGGUGUUGCCUCGUCUCCUGGUGUCACAUUCAAUGCCACUGGCCAAUUCGACUCUGCAACUUCCUUCCCUCAGCCCAUCUUGAUGGGUGCCGCUUUCGACGACGCACUUAUUCAAUCCGUCGCCGAGGUUGUCAGUACUGAGGCUAGAGCCUUCAACAACUACGGACGUGCGGGUCUCGACUUCUGGACACCGAACAUUAAUCCUUACAGAGAUCCCAGAUGGGGCAGAGGUCAGGAGACUCCUGGUGAAGACCCCUACCAUCUCUCUUCCUACGUCCACUCCCUCAUUAUGGGUCUUCAGGGUGGUGAGGAUCCCGAGAUCAGAAACAUCACCGCUACUUGCAAGCACUUUGCUGGUUACGAUAUUGAGUCCUGGAACGGCAACCUUCGUUACCAGAACGAUGUUCAAAUCCCUCAGCGUGAUCUGGUCGAGUACUACCUGCCUUCUUUCCGUUCUUGCGCCAGAGACUCCAACGUUGGAGCUUUCAUGUGCACAUACAGUGCUCUGAACGGUGUUCCUACCUGUGCCGACCCCUGGCUCCUGAACGACGUUCUCCGUGAGCACUGGGGCUGGACCAACGAGGAGCAGUGGGUUACCAGUGAUUGUGAUUCUAUUCAAAACAUUUUCCUGCCCCACAACUUCAGCGACACCCGCCAGGGAGCCGCCGCUGCUGCCCUGAACGCUGGUACUGAUCUCGACUGCGGUACCUACUACCAGCACCACCUUCCUCUGGCCUACAGCCAGGGUCUUAUCAACCAGACUACAGUUGAUCAGGCUUUGGUCCGUCUGUACACUUCGCUUGUCCGCACUGGUUACUUCGACGGCCCCAACGCUAUGUACAGAAACUUGACUUGGUCCGAUGUUGGUACCACCCACGCUCAGCAGCUCGCUCUCCAGGCUGCUGAGGAGGGUAUGGUUCUCCUCAAGAACGACGGUCUUCUUCCCCUUUCCAUCUCCAAUGGAACCAAGAUCGCACUGAUCGGAAGCUGGGCCAACGCUACCACUCAGAUGCAGGGUAACUACUACGGCGUCCCAACUUACCUUCACAGCCCUCUGUACGCUGCCCAGCAGACCGGUGCUCAGGUCUUCUAUGCUCAGGGACCUGGUGGCCAAGGCGACCCUACCACUGAUCACUGGCUCCCUGUCUGGACCGCUGCUGAGAAGGCCGAUAUCAUCAUCUACAUCGGUGGUGUUGACAUCAGCGUCGAGGCUGAGGGUAUGGACCGUGAGGACAUCAACUGGACUGGUGCUCAGCUCGACAUCAUUGGCGAACUUGCCAUGUACGGCAAGCCUAUGGUUUUGGCCCAGAUGGGUGACCAGCUCGACAACACUCCUAUCGUCAACAACCCCAACAUCUCUUCUCUGAUCUGGGGUGGUUACCCUGGUCAGGAUGGUGGUGUCGCUCUCUUCAACAUCAUCACCGGAAAGACCGCACCUGCUGGUCGUCUUCCCGUCACCCAGUACCCUGCUCACUACAUUGCUGAUAUCCCCAUGACUGACAUGACUCUCCGCCCCAACGCCACCACUGGCUCGCCCGGCAGAACCUACAAGUGGUACAACGGCACCGCCGUCUUUGAGUUUGGUUACGGUAUGCACUACACCAAGUUCUCUGCCGACAUUUCUCCUCUGUCCAAGUCUUCUUACGACAUCUCCUCCCUUCUUUCUGGCUGCAACGAGACCUACAAGGACCGCUGCGCCUUUGAGAGCAUCGCUGUCAACGUCCACAACACUGGUAACGUCACCUCCGACUAUGCCGCCCUUGGUUUCAUCGCUGGUCAAUUCGGACCUUCUCCUUACCCCAAGAAGUCUCUUGUCAACUACCAGCGUCUCCACAGCAUUGCCGGUGGUUCUUCCCAGACCGCCACUCUGAACUUGACUCUUGGCUCCCUCUCUCGUGUCGACGACCACGGCAACACUUACCUCUACCCCGGUGACUACGCUUUGAUGAUCGACACCAUGCCCGAGCUGACCAUGGUCAACUUCACCUUGACCGGUCAGCCCGCUUGUCUCGAUGAGUGGCCUCAGCCUCCAUCGGGCGGACCUACCAUUCCUCCUUCUGACUACUUCUACGGUGGUUACGGAAGCAGAGGCGAGUUCCCCGUUCUUGCUGCUUCUGAGGUCCUUGCUCCUGGAUCUUAG